AUGUCGACUCAGGCGUAUUACAAGGAGCGUCUCGGGUUCGACCCGCAGGAGGCUGUGCAAGAUGGAGUCAACGGGGGCUAUUACGACGGCCACCAGCCUAAACGUCAUCGAGGCGAACGUGCCGAGUCGCAUGACCAGGUUUACGAGGAGAACCUAACCAAAUUCAAAGAUGAGCGGGACGCGAUACAAAAGAAGACGUUCACGAAAUGGGUCAACAAACACCUUAAAAAGGUGAACCGUCAUGUGAACGAUCUGUUCGAGGAUCUGCGCGAUGGACUCAACCUCAUAUCGUUGCUGGAGGUGCUAUCUGGCGAACACCUCCCGCGCGAGCGAGGUCGCAUGCGUUUUCAUAUGCUGCAAAAUGUCCAAAUGGCGUUGGAUUUCCUCAGGUACAAGAAGAUCAAACUUGUUAACAUCAGAGCAGAAGAUAUAGUGGACGGCAACCCUAAGCUCACCCUCGGACUCAUCUGGACCAUCAUCUUACACUUCCAGUUAGAGCAGUCCCUGAGA